GUUUUCCUUCACUUUUCUCUUAUUCUGGUUUUUCUUUUCUUCUCAUUUUCUCAUCCUCUCGCUCAUUAAAUGUGUAACCAUAAACAGAAUCUGACUUCAUACACACUCACGCCCUCGCCAUUAAUUUGAAGAAUUUCUGGAUAAAUUUUCUCUUCAUCUUUCUGCAUAAUCUGGGUCUGAUUUCUAUCAGAACCCAUGUGGUUAUCUCGAACCAAAUCCAAGACCCGGAUUCCCAGAAGCGUCUCCUCCGAUUUCUCCUGCUCCUCCUUCAAAGACGUCCUCAGCCUCUGCUCCGUCGACGACCCCACCUCCGAGAUCCAGACCCACAUCAAGAAGUCCAAUAUCUUUCAUCGGGUUCGCCGCGUUAACGCCGUCCUCCGCGCCUUCUCUGGACAGCUUCCGCCCUGCUCUCAAUCCAAGUCGCGACCCGAACCCGAACCCAGACCGUAUGUCGCCGCCGAUCAACCGGAGAGGCCCAAGUCGAUCUCUCUCCCGGGAUCCGAGACGAAAAUAGUCGUCUACCUCACGAGCCUCCGCGUGGUUCGCCGGACGUUCGAGGAUUGCAAGGAUGUCCAGGCAAUUUUGCGGAGCUUCCGGGUCUCGAUCGACGAGCGGGACCUCUCGAUGGACGCUAGGUUCAUGGACGAGCUAAAGACGAUUCUGGGUAUUCGGGAAAAGAGGAAACUGACAUUGCCGCGGGUUUUCAUCGGCGGGAGGUACAUUGGCGGCGCAGAUGAGAUCAGGCAGCUCCACGAGGCCGGCGAGCUUAAAGGUUACCUGGAAGGGCUUCCUCCGGCGAACCCUGCCACGUGUGAGGUUUGCGACGGCUAUAGAUUCACCCUCUGCCAGGAUUGCAAUGGAAGCCGGAAGUAUUACAGCGAAAAAAGCGGGUUCCGGAUCUGUACAACCUGCAACGAGAACGGCCUGAUAAGGUGCUCUUCUUGUUCGGGUUGAAUAUGUUUCAAAUAUUUUAGCCCAGGAAUGCUUGCUACUUGUAACUCUGGGAGUGAAGAUUUGAUAUUCAUGAUAUCCAACAUCUUCCUAUCUUGAAGACACGAAACUAUAAAAGACAGCCAUUUCUCAUUUUAGGAUAGAAAGCACGGUUGUAACAAUUAUUUAUUUUAUUUUUUGGGGGGAGGAGCACCUGAAUGGGGGAGAGAUCGAAGAUCUUGCUUGGCUGAAAUUGCUGGGUUUGAAGUAAAAACGUUUGGCAAAGUCCAUAACUCAAAACUACUCAUUCUUCUUAUUUUGCAGAAUGAGCAAAAUAAGUCUGACUCUUGCUAACAAUGGAGCCUUAAAUCUUUGAGUUGAUAUUUGGUGCUGAAGAUUCAUUAUUUUUUUGGCUUGAGAAUAUGAUGGAAUAAAGCAAAAUGACUCACUAAA